UUUUACGCACGUAGUACUAUGGCAGUAACUAGUUCUUAAUCUGUGGUACUAUGUGCCCUGUGCUGUAAACCAUUAAGGUCAAUCGUCUAUUUAGCAAGGUCUUAUCAAGAAUACUUAUCAGUUAUCAGUCUAAUCGUCUUAUGUCAAGUUAUGAACUUGUGUGAUAAGAAAGAUCAAAGAACAUUAGAGACCUGUCAAAGUGCUCACGUACAGUCGAGAGCGGAGAGUCAGACAAAAUAAUCUUUCAAAAUAUGGUGUCUGGUCUAGUAGCAGGAAGACUUGCACUUGUUACAGGUGCGGGUUCUGGAAUUGGCAGAGCAGCAUGUCAAGUUUUAGCAAGGGAAGGGGCUACAGUGAUAGCUGCAGAUAGAAAUUAUGAUGCUGCGUUGGAAACUAUAAAAGCGCAUACAGCUCUCGCAUCUGGUUCUAGUGUUAUUGGUGACCAUUGCGCAGCAGAAGUGGACAUAUCAGACUCAAAAUCAAUUAAAAAUCUGGUGCAAACACUAUCAAAACAAUUCAAAGUUCCUCCGAGUAUAGUUGUUAACUCGGCAGGCAUCACUAGAGAUAACUGGAUGCUAAAACUAUCAGAAGAAGACUAUGAUAGCGUACUUAAUGUUAAUCUCAAGGGAUCUUUCCUCAUAAUGCAGGAAUUUGCCAAACUCAUGACUGAGGCAUCAUUGCCAGGGUCUAUAGUGAAUAUAUCUAGUAUAGUGGGAAAAUAUGGAAAUAUGGGUCAAGCAAAUUAUUCGGCUAGCAAAGCUGGUCUUAUCGGGAUGACUAAGACUGCUGCCAAGGAAUUGGGCAAAUUUAAUAUCAGAGUCAAUGUUAUAUUGCCCGGUUUUGUGAACACUCCAAUAAUAGAUACUGUCCCAGAAAAAGUAAAGGAGUCCUUGUUGAAAAUGUCGGCUUUAGGAAGAUUGGGAGAACCAGAAGAAAUCGCCGAAGUGAUAAUGUUUUUAAGUUCGGAUAAAAGUUCGUUUGUAACUGGCGCUGCGAUUGACGUCACUGGGGGGUAUUAACUUACUUAUAAAAUGAGUAAAUGGUAUAAUAGAAAUAUACAUGAAAUGUUGAAUGAUAAUUAGGUAACAUGUAAGUGGUGCUACUUUUGUAAAUGCAUAUUUUUUAUUUAUUGUCUAUGGAUUUGUAUUAAACAUGUUGAGUUUACAA